UAAAAGAAACCGUUGGACUGGGGUGGCACGAAAGCCUUUACAAUUCCAUGCACAAACCCAUAUGUUGGGGUUUUCAGUUCUGUACGCAUGCAGCGGUAGACCAAAAAGAAGGGUCCACGAUUCUUAACCUGCACCCUCGCCCAUGGCUUCUCGAGAUCCCCUUCUUCUCUCUCACCCAUGUCUUCGUAAUCACUCCAUUUAAUUUUCCUCCUUUUUCGCACGCCUGCGGUCGUUUUAUGCCGACAAUUGUGCGUACCUCCUGCAACUGUGCUUCGUUCGUAAGAGGUAACGCCUUGUGCAGCGGUCCGCGAUGAAGGUUUCGUGGCGGGUCCGCGUCUCUUGGAUGUUUCUCUGUCUAUUUGCAUCUAGGUCUCAAUCGGUUGACGAUUUCAAGAAAGCGUUUCCUAUUGUAGAGCCCGAUCCCGGUCAUACAAUACUCCGCAUCACAAAGGAAGGAUUGGAGGCAAUUCAGAAAAUAACAACUCCGAUUGCUGCUGUUGCUGUCAUUGGUCCAUAUCGCUCUGGGAAAUCAUUUCUGCUUAAUCAACUUCUCUCCCUUUCUUGUUCUGAAGGGUUCGGUGUAGGGCACAUGCGUGACACGAAGACGAAAGGGAUAUGGGUAUGGGGAACCCCAGUAGAAAUGGUAAUUAAUGGAGUAAAUAUUUCUGUCUUCUACCUUGACACGGAAGGAUUUGAAAGUGUUGGGAAGUCAAGCGUAUAUGAUGACAGGAUUUUUGCCCUAGCAACCGUACUGAGCUCUGUGCUUAUCUAUAACCUUCCCGAGAUGAUUCGCGAGGCUGAUAUAUCUCGGCUGUCAUUUGCUGUUGAACUUGCUGAAGAAUUCUACGGAAGGGUCAAGGGGAGAGAUAUCGCCUUUGAACCUGCUAAGCUGCUGUGGCUUAUCCAGCGUGAUUUCCUACAAGGUAAAUCAGUUCAAGAAAUGGUGGAUGAAGCUCUUCGACAUGUACCUAAUCAUGAUGGAGACAAAAAUAUUGAUCAGGUUAACCAGAUCAGGGAUUCUUUGGCUAUCAUGGGUGAUAACAGUACUGCUUUUAGCUUACCUCAACCUCAUCUCCAACGGACCAAGCUUUGCGACAUGAAAGAUGGUGAGCUUGACCCAGCUUACAUUACGAAGAGAGAGGAGCUGAAAGAACUUGUUACUUCUAUUAUCCGUCCAAAGAUUGUGCAUGGUAAACCUUUAAGUGGGAAAGAGUUCGUAUCUUUUUUGGAGCAGAUUCUUGAAGCCUUGAACAAAGGAGAGAUUCCAUCUGCGGGCUCUCUUGUGGAAGUUUUCAAUAAGGGUAUUCUGGAGCGAUGCUUGAAAUUAUACAGUGAAAGGAUGGCUGCGUUAAACUUACCCCUCUCGGAGCAGUCUCUGCAAAAAAACAAUGAAGGUUUUAGAGAAGAAACAAUGAAAGUUUUUGAUGAAGAACAUUUUGGUCGGCACCAUGCAAAGAGAUCAGUUGAAAAACUGGAUGAAGAACUUGAGAAGGUGUAUAAGAAUUUUGUUUUGGCAAAUGAGUAUCAAUCUUCGAAGUUGUGUGAGGAACUGUAUACCAAAUGUGAGGACAAGAUGGAUCAGCUUCAAGUCUUGAAACUUCCUUCAAUGGCAAAAUUUAAUGCAGGUUUCCUCCAAUGCAACCAAAGUUUUGAGAGGGAGUGUGUUGGACCUUCUAAAAGCAAUUAUGAGCAUCGGAUGACCAAGAUGAUGGGGAAGUCAAAAUCUCAAUUUAUCAAGGAAUACAACCACAGGCUCUUUAAUUGGUUGGUAGCGUUCUCUCUAGUGAUGGUAGUGGUGGGUCGUUUUGUAAUGAAGUUUAUUAUGAUCGAGAUCGGGGCAUGGAUACUUUUCAUCUUCUUAGAGACGUACACAAGGAUGUUUUGGUCAGCAGAGUCUCUUUAUUACAACCCGGCUUGGCAUUUCAUCGUAGCAGGUUGGGAAUCUCUUGUUUAUAGCCCUAUCCUUGAUUUGGAUAGGUGGGCUUUUCCCGUUGGCGUUGUCAUGGCAAUGUUGGUGCUUUACUGGAGAUGUUAUGGGAGGUGGAAACAUGGCUCCGGUUGGCUUUUACCUUUGUACAACAGUCACAUAGGUCGGCCGAGAUCAGACUAGAGGGAUGGUGACUGCUUUGCAACCUUGAUCGAUAUACCUCAGCAAGCUCUUUGUUUAAACAUGCGAAGCGCAAAGCAUGCCCGGGCACUGGCACUGGCUUUUUCUCGAAGUUACUAUGAGGACUGAAAAGGCGAAGGGAUGAGAUGAGAAUUUGUCAAGAUUCACUACAGUUUGUAACUGUAACUCCUCUGUAAUUUGUAUUUAACUUGUUCAUGUUACACUCAUUUUAUGUAUACUGUAAAGAGAAAAUUAUUGUGUAAAGCAAAAGUUUAAUUGAACAUGAAUGACAAGCAUUCAGCUGCCUCACUAGUUAG